AUGUCACCAGCUAUUCCAAACUUGAACCCGAGUUCAAUCUUUAAUAUCGCAGAAGUAUCCCUGUCUCCAAAAGAAGAUGCUAAAAAAUGUGAUUUCAUGAUCUUGUCGAGAUCGAUAUCGUCUGAUUCUACCAGACCAACGAUGUUGAAUUCUCCCAGGCUCUCUGGAGAUACUCCUUCCAUCUCAAGCCGGUCUAGCUGUUGCAGCUCGAGGUACGGUGGGUUGCAAGUGCUCAAACUUGAAACGAAAUCGAGGUAG